UUUGGCACCUUCCGGGUAUACCAGUUAGAUAUACACCUUGUUAUUUUGUAUCAGUUUUACUUGUCAUUGGGUAGGAAAUACAAGAUUCGAAAGAAAAAAAAACAGGACGAUAAAAAUCAUUCAAAAUCAUUGAGUUCCCACUCAACCAAUUAAAUUCGACAGAAGAUAAUACAUGAUUUUCCCACUUUAUCUUUGGUAAACACAGAGUUAACAGACAAAGCAUCCACAAUAGAUCACACAGAUAAAAACAACACAGAAUAAAAACAACAACACUUCGAAAAUGAAUCACACAGAUCUUCCAUCUAUUCCUGACAAUCCACGAAUCCACAUCCUUAUCAUCAAGAUAAUACGAAAACUAAAGGCUGACUAUGAUCUAAUGCAGAUGUUUGAAGUGGUACAGAUGAUCGUUAUUUUUCUAUCGCUGUUCUUUGGAUUCUUCUUCCUCCUAUAUCCACUUUAUGAAAAGCGACGAAGAACAACAGUUUGGAGUCUAUGGUGGACGAAUUUGUUUGGAUUUAUCCAAAUAUGCUACUGUUCAGCUACUGUAAUUGUUGCUAGACACGCCUACUUAAAACCGGAACAAGACUCAAUACAAUGCAGUGACUUCUAUUCAAUUCCAAUGUUCUGUGGCGUUUUAUCAAUAGCUGUAAUUGUUGGUUCCGCUAUUGGUGUGCAUUUUAGAAAUUCAAAAAUUGUUAUUCUGAAAUAUGUGUUUUUCACUUACACAAUUCUUUGUACGCUAUGUGUUAUUGCCCUUCAAAGUAUGACAACCACUUACCAACCGAAUGGAAUCGAAUUGACAUCAAACCUUCAGCUAGAACCAAUGGCUUGUGGUCUUAACCCGAAUGAGCACCUUCUCAUUAUAGCAUGUGAAUAUGUUUUGUUAUACAUACCUAUGGGAGUUGCGCUGUUAGUGGUGUACUCACGAUCAAGAAAGACAACAGAAAAGCAGCAAGAAAUGUAUUUCUUUGUGCCUUGCAAUGAAGACAACGUAUGUGGAUCGUGCCAGUAUCAGAAUUAUGUCUGCCGGUCAGUUUUGUCUGCAUAUAUACUAUGUAUAUACAUUAUCAGACCUGGGGUAAUCAUUAUUUAUUCCAUGUAUGGUUUUCUACAUCAGGACAUCAUUCCAAGUGUUGUAUCAACCGCAGUGUAUGUGUUUUUAUGUUUUGAAUAUACUAUUAUAUUACAAAAUAGUUGUAAGCAAUGCACAGGAACACAGACUGAAUCGCGAAAGGAUAGUUUAAAAAACAGUGAUAUAAGCGACUUUUUUUAAAAAGUGCUUUUCCAAACAUCUAUGCAUUUACUUCAUGGUGUUAUAGUGAAAAAAUAUCCCGUGGCAGAUCAAGAUAUUUUCUUAGGGGUGCCCACUGGGAUCCGCUCUAAUCAUGCCUCAGGGAUUAACUAUAUAAUCAACAAAAAUUUUCCCAUAAAAGGGGGUCUGGACCCCGCCCCCUUGAUUUUCAUAUAUCAAUACAAAUCUUAGCCAAAAACAGAAAAGACAACAAACGAAAACAAACGAAAACACUUCGCGCAAAGACCCAGAAUAAUUGAUUAAUUUCGAAAUGAUGAUGGUUGGUAUUGAAGUGAGAAAAUGUACUCCAGAAAUUAGCAGACUAAGUGUGGACGUUUCCGUUGCCAAUGAAGGAAAGAUGGAUAAACAUUAUACAUUAAAAUCUAUUGCGCAUGCUUAGAUUGCAGCUACUGAAUUACAUACCAACGGCUUCAAUAUAACAGUUUAUAUAAAUCAAUAACUAUUUACUAUGUAUUAUUUAUUAUUGUUAUUUAUUGUGCUGAUGCAACUAUUAAAUGGUUAU